AUGCACUCGCUCUUCAGGAAACGCAACAAAGGGAAAUACAGCCCCUCCGUGCAGAAAAAGAGCAUCUCCAGCAAAGAGCUGACCGAGCUCAUAGAGCGCUUGCAGAAGAAUGCGGACCAGGUGGAGAAGAACAUCGUGGAGACCGACUCCCGCAUGCAGAACGACCUGCACAAGCUCAAGUCGUGCCAGCCGGCGCAGUACCGGGACCUGACGGCGCAGAGGCUCUCCGAGUCCGACAAGCUGCUCUAUGUGCUCGAUGGGGACGCGGCCGUCGCCCGCCACAUGAAGCACCCCCAGGGGGAUAUGAUCACAGAAGACAUCCGGCAGCUGAAGGAACGAGUGGCAAACCUGCGUGUGAAACACAACCAGAUCUACAACUUCCCCCUGCAGCAGAACAUUGAGCCCCAGGUCAACUGGUCAACAGUGAUCGAGGAGAAACAGGAUGCCCUGAGCAGUAAGGGCUUCGGCACCGACCUGCCGCUGAUCAACAGCCAAGUGGAGGAGCACAACAUCUUCCACAACGAGGUCAUGGCCAUCGGCCCACACAUCGCCAAGGAAGGCAACAAGGAAUACCUGAGUGACUUCCAAGCCAAAUACCAGAAGCUGCUGGCUGGGUCCCAGCAGCGGCAGCAGGACCUGAACUCCCUGCAGGACUACAUGCAGCGCUGCACCAACAAGCUGUACUGGCUGGAUCAGCAGGCCAAGGACAGGACCCACUACGACUGGAGUGACCACAACCUGGACUACCCCAGCCGGCGCCGCCAGUACGAGAACUUCAUCCACCGCAAGCUGGAGGAGAAGGAGGAGGCCAUCAACAAGCUGCAUGCAGAUGGGGACCAGCUGCUUGCCCAGAACCACCCUGGGAAGAAUGCCAUCGAGGCUCACAUCGAGGCAGUGCAUGCUGACUGGAAGGAGUACCUCAACCUGUUGAUAUGUGAGGAGAGCCACCUGAAGUUCAUGGAGGACUUCCACAAGUUUCAGAAGGACACUAAGGACGCCCAGGAGCUCUUGAAGAAGGUGGACACAGACCUGGAGCAAAAAUUCAGCCCAGAGUUCAAGGACAGAUACCAGCUGGAGUCUCUUCUCCGGGAGCUGGACGACCAGGAGAAGGCCUUGGACAAGUACGAGGCAGUGGUGAAGUCCCUGCAGGAGCGCAGCCAGCAGGUCCUGCCCCUGCGGUACCGCCGCCAGGCACCGGCACAGCACAUCCCUGUCGAGGCUCUCUGCGAGUACGAAGGCGAGCAGGGCCAGAUAAGCCGAGGAGCCCACUACACCCUGCAGAAGAACACCGGAGACAUCUGGGAAGUGGCAGACAGCUCAGGAGAGAAGAUCAGUGCCCCGGGGGUCUGCUUCAUGAUCCCACCGCCUGAUCCCGAAGCCAUAGCGCUGGCAGACCAGAUUGCUGAUCACUACGUGGCCAUGAAGGAGAAGACCUCCAACUGCAAGAACAUCCUCCAGCAGCGCUACGAGGGGCUGAAGGCUGACAGCAUCGGAGACGCUGCAUCGGUGCGGGGUCGCCAGCUGCUGGCAGGGCUGGAGAAGGUGAACAGUGACCUGGAGAAGCAGGAGAAAGCCAUCACAGCCAACCUGCGGCCCCCCCUGGAGCAGAGCCGUGCCGUGCAGGACAGCGCCGAGCGCUCCAAGGACCUGAAGAACAUCACCAAUGAGGUUCGCCGCAUCGAGCCCGAGAAGGUGAGGAAGAUCCAGGAGUGUGAGGCCUUCAUCGAGUCUGUGCCCAACACUGGCAGUGCCUCCUUGGUGAAGAGCAAGGUGGAGAACACCAGCAAGAAGUACGACCGCGUGGUGCAGCUCCUCAGCGCCGCCCAGGAGAAGGUUGAGGUGGCCACCAGCCUGGAGAGGAGCCUCCAGCAAGGCCGGGACCUGCUGUCCACCUAUGAGAACAAACUGGUGCUGGAUGACACAGUGCCUGAGGACCCGCGGGGCAUGGACCGCAAGAGGGAGGAGCUGCUGGCCAUGGGUGCUGAGCUCCAGUCCAAGAAGUUCCUGCUCAGUGAAGCAGAGCAGAACUUGCAGAGGACCAAGUCCUGCUCCAACACCCUGGCCAGCAAGUUCCAGGAGCACUGCCCUGACAUCGAGCGGCAGGAGGCUGAGCUCUACAAACUCAACCAACGCUUCAACAACCUCAGCAAGCAGAUCGACCACAGGACACAGACCCUGCAGAAGGCCAGGAGUGCCUACUCCAACUACCGCACCAACUACGAGAGGCUCAGCCAGUUCCUGGGCAGUGUCCCCAGCUACGAGCCCCAGGAGACAGACAACAUCCAGCAGGUGGAGAGGAAGCUGCAGAGCCAAGCGGCACUCCUCGGUGACAUUGCAAGCAAGGAACAGGAGGUGCAGAAGGUCUCUGCCACAGCUCAGCAAUACCAGCAGGCAGUGAAGGACUAUGAGCUGGAAGCAGAGAAGCUGAGGUCCAUCCUGGACCUGGAGAAUGGCCGCAAUGGGUACACGAGCAAGAAGCCCAGGCUGCAGUCUCCUGCUGCCAAAGUUAAGGAGGAGGAAGCCAUUCUGGCAGCCAAGUUCACCGAAGUCAAUGCUGUCAACAGACAGAGGCUGCAGAACCUGGAGUUUGCUCAGAGCCUUCUGCGGCAGCAACCAGAGGUCCAACUGACAGAAGACUUUGCCCAGAAGAAAACAGCUGUGAGGCCUGUGGAGGAGGUCUGGAAGCUGAAGAAAGAGCUUGAGGAUGAGACUCAGCGCCGGCAGCAGCUGGAAGCGGAGAUCCAAGCCAUCCAGAACAACAUUGUCCACCUGCAGAACCAAAAGCCCCAAGAGAUGGUCGUGAAGAAGGAACUGCUGAAGAAAGUGCCUGACCCUCAGUUGGAGGAGAGCUUCCAUAAGCUGCAGCAGAACCUUGCAGAGGAGCAGCGCAAGAAUCAGGUCCUCCAGGACGAGCUGGAGGCUCUUAAAAUCAGGCUGCGCGUCCUGGAGCACGAGAAGAGGGAAGGAGGCCAGGAGUACAUCGUGAAAGAGGUUCUGAGGAUUGAGCAGGACAAGGCUCAAGCCGACGAGAUCCUGAGGCUCAAAGAAGAGCUGGAAGAACUCAGGAGGCAGGAAGGAACCAGAGAGAACGAAGUCCUCCUCCUGCGGCAACAGAUCGCGGUGCUGUCCAGCGAGAAGAGCAAAGAGCAGGAGAAGGUAACAGAGAAGGAGGUGCUGAAGCUGCAGAACGACCCUCAGCUGGAGAUGGAGUUUCGGAUGUUGCAGGAGAGCAAGCAGAGGGAGAGUGCCCUGAGGCAGAAGCACGAGGAGGAGCUCAGCUUCCUCCAGGACAAGCUCAAGCGGCUGGAGAAGGAGAGGGCCAUCGCCGAGGGCAAGAUCACCGUCAAGGAGGUGCUGAAGGUGGAGAAGGACUUGGCCAUCGAGAGGGAGGUGAACGAGCUGCGGCGCCAGUACGAGGACGAGAAGUCCAAGGGCCGCUCCAACGAGAGGGAGAAGGCUGAGCUGCUCAGGAAGAUCCAGCUGCUGGAGGAGGAGAACUCCAAGGUGGUGGUCCAGGAGAAGGUGCGCGAGAUCGUGCGCCCCGACCCCAAGGCCGAAAACGAAGUGGCCAACCUUCGUCUGGAGCUGGUGGAGCAAGAGAGGAGGUGCCGAGGGGGUGACGAGCAGCUGAAGAGCUGCCAGAGUGAGCUGGCUGCUCUGAGGAACAGAGGGCCGCUGGUAGAAGUCAAAGAAGUCAUUAAGGAGGUCAUCAAGUACAAAAACGACCCAGAAACUGAAAAGGAGCUGCUGCGGCUGCGGGAGGAAAUCAUCGAGAGGACAGGAGCCAUCGAGCGAGCUGACCUGGAGAUCUACCAGCUGAAGCAGGAGAUACAAGCUCUGAAAGACACCAAACCUCAAGUGCAAAUGAAGGAAGUGGUGCAGGAAAUCCUGCAGUUCCGGGAAGACCCCAAGACCAGGGAGGAGGUGGAGUCUCUGAGAGCGCAGCUGGCAGACGAGCAGAUGAAACACAUCGACCUGGAGAGGGAGCGGCUGCUCCAGGAGGAGAAAGUAAGGCAGAGGGAGGAAGAACUUUCCCAGGUGAAGGAGAAAGUGGUCCAGCAGGAAGUGGUGAAGUACGAGCAAGACCCUGCCUUGAAAGCUGAGGUAAACUCCUUCUCCCAGAGCAUCGAGAGCGAGCUGAAGCAGAUUGACGAGCUGCGCGAGGAGCUGCGCAGGCUGCAGAGGAGGAGGUCUGAGCUGGAGCGGCAGCUGGAGGAGCUGGAGAAGGAGAGGCAGGCCCGCAGGGAGGCAGAGCUGGAGGUGCAGAGGCUGAAGAUCAGGCUUAGCGAGCUGGAGGAGCAGGAGAGGGAGACAACGGAACGAGUGACCGUGAAGCAGAAGGUGAUCCUUCAGCAGGACCCCCAGCAGGAGAAGGAGCACUCCCUGCUCAAGCUGGAGCUGGAGGAAGAGAAGCACCGCAGACAGGUCCUGCAAACAGAACUGGAAGCCCUGAGGAAGAAGCUGCUCUCCUUGGAGAAGAUGGAGGUGAAAGAGAAGGUGGUGUUCUCAGAGAGUGUCCAGGUGGACAAAGGAGACACUGAGUAUGAGAUCCAGAAGCUGAAGAGCAACCUGGAGGAGGAGAGCAGGAGGAAGAGGGAGCUGGAUGCAGACAUCAACCGCCUGGAAACCAGGCUGUCCGAGGUGGAGUUCAACAACUCCAAGUCAUCCAAGGAGCUCGACCUGCUGAGGGAGGAAAACCACAAACUCCACCUUGAGAAGCAGAACCUGCUGAUGGAAACCAGGAGGCUGCAGUCAGAGAUCGAGCUGACGGCAACAGAAGCUCGGGAUCUGAGGAACAUGAGCCACGUGGAGAGCGGAACUAACCUGGACUCCAGGUUCCAGGCUUUGGAAAGGGAGCUGGAGGAGCUGAAGCAGUUAUCCCGGGAAAAGGAUGCGGAGAUCGAGCAGCUCCAGAACCGCCUCAAGACAGUGGCCAUCAAGAGGGAGCAGAGGGAGAACCACCUGAGGCGCUCCAUUGUGGUCAUCGACCCAGACACGGGCAAGGAGAUGUCUCCAGAGGAAGCUCACCUCUUCGGCCUCAUUGAGUGGAGCCUCUUCGUCAAGCUGAAGAGCCAGGAGUGUGACUGGGAGGAGAUCUCCAUCAAGGGCCCCAACGGGGAGUCCUCAGUGAUCCUCGACAGGAAGUCGGGGCGAGAGUUCUCCAUUGAGGACGCCCUGAAGAGCGGCAGGCUGAGCACGGCCCAGUACAACAGUUACCUCAACAAGGAGAUGUCCAUCCAGGAGCUGGCAGUCCUGGUGUCUGGCAGCAGCUGCACAGCUCUCCCUCCACUCUAG